UGUCCAACUCCCAAUCCCUCUCUCUCCGGCUCGCUCUUUGUCCCCAUGGCCUCCGAUUCAGAUCACGCCGACUUCAACAAUGGCGGUCCGUCUUCCCCGGACGACUCGUUUUCGACUCCAAUCGACAAUACAUUUUCAUCACCAGCCAACAAUUCACGCCCUCGUCGCGGCCGUCGUGGUGGACGGCGCCGGUCCUCAACACCCUCAGCCUUUGCAACUACUCCACCUGCCAACCACUCCCGCUUCGGCUCGUCAGCAGAGACCCCAACCACAACUCCAUCUCGUUCCAAUCGUAGAUCUGGCGACCGAAAAUCGGCCACGUCACCUUCUUCGACCGAUGAGGCCCCACCGAGUUCAGAAGCCGGGGACGACAUGGACGAAACUACCCCUACCUUCGUUUGGGGCACUAAUAUUAGUGUUCAAGAUGUGAAGGGGGCAAUUCAGAUGUUUUUGAAGCACUUUAGAGAGAGUGCAGAGUUGUUGAGUGGUAGUGAGAGUGAAGUUUAUAGAGAAGGGAAGUAUAUGAGGGCUAUAAAUAGGGUUCUUGAAAUGGAAGGAGAGUGGAUUGAUGUUGAUGCACAUGAUGUGUUUGAUUAUGAUUGUGAUUUGUAUAACAAAAUGGUUAGGUACCCUCUUGAGGUUUUGGCCAUUUUUGACAUUGUGUUGAUGGAUAUUGUUAGUUUGAUUAAUCCUUUGUUUGACAAGCACGUGCAAGUUAGGAUUUUUAAUCUGAAGAGCUCUACUUCGAUGCGAAAUCUCAAUCCAUCAGAUAUUGAGAAGAUGGUCUCGUUGAAGGGGAUGAUUAUUCGGUGUAGUUUGAUAAUACCAGAGAUUAGGGAGGCGGUGUUUAGGUGUCUUGUAUGUGGGUACUAUUCAGACCCCGUUGUGGUAGAUAGAGGACGAAUAAAUGAGCCUAUGCAAUGCUCAAAACAAGAGUGUAUGGCAAAAAACUCUAUGACAAUGGUGCACAAUCGAUGCAGGUUUGCAGAUAAGCAAAUUGUGAGGCUCCAGGAGACACCUGAUGAGAUCCCUGAGGGUGGAACACCACAUACAGUGAGCUUGUUGAUGCAUGACAAGCUGGUGGAUGCCGGAAAGCCGGGUGACAGAGUUGAGGUCACUGGGAUUUACAGGGCUAUGAGUGUCCGAGUUGGGCCAACACAGAGAACUGUGAAAUCAUUAUUUAAGACAUAUAUUGACUGUCUUCAUAUAAAGAAAGCGGACAGAUCAAGAAUGCUGGUAGAGGACCACAUGGAAGUUGAUAAUAGCCAACCUAGAAUUGAGGAAGAAAUCCAAUUUGAUGAGUCAAAGGUAGAGCAAUUGAAAGAGCUGUCGAAACAACCUGAUAUAUAUGAAACACUGACCAGGUCUUUGGCACCAAAUAUCUGGGAGUUAGAUGAUGUGAAAAAAGGUCUUCUUUGCCAGCUUUUUGGCGGGAGUGCUUUGAAGUUGCUGUCAGGUGCUAGCUUCCGUGGUGAUAUCAAUAUCCUUCUUGUUGGUGAUCCUGGAACCAGCAAGUCCCAAUUGCUCCAAUAUAUACACAAACUGUCUCCUCGAGGCAUUUACACGAGUGGAAGGGGAAGCUCUGCUGUUGGUUUGACAGCUUAUGUCACAAAAGAUCCUGAAACUGGGGAAACUGUUCUGGAGAGUGGGGCUUUGGUUCUGAGUGAUAGAGGUAUCUGCUGCAUUGAUGAAUUCGACAAAAUGUCUGAGAAUGCAAGGAGCAUGUUACACGAGGUGAUGGAGCAGCAAACUGUUUCAAUAGCAAAAGCUGGAAUAAUUGCUUCCCUUAAUGCCAGGACUUCUGUAUUGGCUUGUGCAAAUCCUAGUGGUUCACGAUAUAACCCUCGCUUGUCUGUGAUUGACAACAUACACCUUCCUCCUACCUUGUUGUCCAGGUUUGAUUUGAUCUACUUAAUUCUUGACAAAGCUGAUGAACAGACAGAUAGACGUCUUGCCAAGCACAUUGUUGCUUUACACUUUGAGAAUCCUGAGAGUGCAGAGCAGGGUGUUCUAGAUGUUGCUACGUUAACUGAAUAUGUGAGCUAUGCUCGAAAGCAUAUUCAUCCACAGUUAUCUGAUGAAGCUGCCGAAGAGUUAACUCGAGGAUAUGUUGAAAUGAGAAGAAGAGGGAAUUUCCCUGGCAGUGGCAAAAAGGUGAUAACAGCAACACCCAGGCAAAUUGAGAGUUUGAUACGCCUUAGCGAGGCCUUGGCUCGCAUUCGUUUCUCAGAAUGGGUUGAAAAGCGUGAUGUAAUGGAGGCAUUUCGGCUCCUGGAAGUUGCAAUGCAACAGUCAGCUACUGAUCAUUCUACUGGAACUAUUGACAUGGAUCUCAUAACCACUGGAGUUUCGGCAAGCGAACGGAUGAGACGUGAUAAUUUGGUAUCAUCAACACGCAACUUGAUUGCGGAGAAGAUGCAACUUGGAGGACCCUCAAUGCGCUUGAUGGAGUUACUGGAAGAGCUGAAGAAGCUGAGUUCUGGAAGUGAACCUCACCUUCAAGAUCUGAGAGGUGCACUUACAACUCUUGCAAGCGAGGGAUUUGUAGUCGUCCACGGUGACAGUGUGAAAAGAAUAUGAUCAGAGUUCAUCGAUAACUCGUUAUGCGAAAGCCUACAUAUACAAAGCUUAACUUGUUGACAAGAAACUGUUGCACGGCGUGCCUAUCGGUUAAUUUUAGUGUACUAUAAGAGAACUGUAAUCUGUGUCAAUUACAUUAUCACGAUUGUAUAUGUUAUUUUUGCAGUUUAGCUACCAUGUUUAAUUUAGUGCUACAAGAAUGUUCACCAUUCUCUUAUAAAU